GGGAGCUAGGACCCCGCGGCAGGCGGGCGCGUCCGCGUCGCGCGGAAGUCUCGCGAUGUUUGCGUUUGAACGUCUUGGCGGGUGCCGGCCAUGGCGGCUUCGCUCCCGGGAGCUGGGAGCCGGCUUUUCCGCACUUAUGGGGCUGCGGUCGGCAGGAGACAGCGGCGGCCGGGCCGGGAAGCCGCGCAGUGGUUUCCGCCGCAGGACCGGAGGCGUUUCUUCAACAGCAGCGGCAGCAGCGACACCAGCAUCGGCGACCCCUCGCAGUCCGACGAUCCUGACGAUCCCGACGACCCCGACUUCCCCGGCAGCCCGGUGGGGCGGCGGCGGAGGCGUCCCGGCGGCCGAGUCCCCAAGGACCGGCCCAGCCUGACCGUGACCCCAAAGCGCUGGAAGCUGCGAGCUCGCCCGAGCCUAACCGUGAGCCCAGGACGCCUGGGGCUGCGAGCUCGACCCCCGCAGAAAUGCAGCACACCCUGCGGCCCGCUCCGACUUCCGCCCUUCCUCAGCCGGGACCUCAGCGUGUGCGGCCAGCCCAGGGACGGCGACGAGCUGGGCACCAGUGCCUCCCUGUUCAGCUCUCUGGCCUCUCCCGGCCCCGGGUCCUCAAUGCCAAGGGACAGUGUCAUCUCCAUCGGCACCUCCGCCUCUCUGGUUGCAGCCUCAGCCGUCCCGAGCGGCCUCUACCUCCCGGAAGUCUCCCUGGACCAAGCAUCUCUCCCCUGCUCCCAGGAGGAAGCGACAGGAGGAGCCAGGCUCACCAAGAUGGUCCACCAAACCCGUGCCAACCUCAGGUCAGCUCUCUUUGGCCUUAUGAACUCAGGAACACCUGAGGAUUCUGAGUUUGGGGCAGAUGGGAAGAAUAUGAGGGAGUCCUGCUAUAAAAGGAAACUGGUGGGAAAUGGACCGGAGGGUCCAGAUCUGUCAAGCACAGGCAAGAGGAGGGCCACAGGCCAGGACUCUUGUCAAGAGAGAGGGCUUCAAGAGGCCGUCCGGAGAGAGCAUCAGGAGGCCAGUGUUUCCAAGGGCCGCAUUGUGCCAGGGGGAGUCGACAGGCUGGAGAGAACUAGAUCAAGCCGGAAGAGCAAACAUCAGGAGGCAACGGAAACCUCUCUCCUCCAUUCCCACCACUUUAAAAAGGGCCAAAAGAUGGGAAAAGAUUCGUUCCCCGCCCAGGACCUGACUCCUUUACAGAAUGCCUGCUUUUGGACCAAAACCAGGGCUUCCUUCAGUUUCCACAAGAAGAAAAUUGUGACUGAUGUGUCAGAGGUCUGCAGCAUCUAUACAACUGCCACUUCUCUCUCUGGCUCCCUCCUAUCAGAAUGUUCAAACCGGCCUGUCAUGAACAGAACAAGUGGUGCUCUGUCCUCUUGGCAUUCCUCCUCUAUGUAUUUGCUAAGCCCCUUAAACACUCUAAGUAUUUCAAACAAAAAGGCAUCUGAUGCUGAAAAGGUUUAUGGGGAAUGCAGUCAGAAGGGUCCUGUCCCCUUUAGCCAUUGCCUUCCCACAGAAAAACUACAACGCUGUGAGAAGAUUGGGGAAGGGGUGUUUGGCGAAGUGUUUCAAACGAUUGCUGAUCACACACCUGUAGCCAUAAAAAUCAUUGCUAUUGAAGGACCAGAUUUAGUCAACGGAUCCCAUCAGAAAACCUUUGAGGAAAUCCUGCCAGAGAUCAUCAUCUCCAAAGAGUUGAGCCUCUUAUCCAGUGAAGUGUGCAACCGCACAGAAGGCUUUAUCGGGCUGAACUCAGUGCACUGUGUCCAGGGAUCUUACCCUCCCUUGCUCCUCAAAGCCUGGGAUCACUAUAAUUCAACCAAAGGCUCUGCAAAUGACCGGCCUGAUUUUUUUAAAGACGACCAGCUCUUCAUUGUGAUGGAAUUUGAGUUUGGAGGGAUUGACUUAGAGCAAAUGAGAACCAAGUUGUCUUCCUUGGCUACUGCAAAGAGCAUUCUACACCAGCUCACAGCCUCCCUCGCAGUGGCAGAGGCAUCACUGCGCUUUGAGCACCGAGACUUACACUGGGGGAAUGUGCUCUUAAAGAAAACCAGCCUCAAAGAACUCCACUACACCCUCAAUGGGAAGAGCAGCACUAUCCCCAGCCGUGGGCUGCAAGUGAGCAUCAUUGACUACACCCUGUCGCGCUUGGAACGGGAUGGGAUUGUGGUUUUCUGUGACGUUUCCAUGGAUGAGGACCUGUUUACUGGUGAUGGUGACUACCAGUUUGACAUCUACAGGCUCAUGAAGAAGGAGAAUAACAACCACUGGGGUGAAUAUCACCCUUAUAGUAAUGUGCUCUGGCUGCAUUACCUGACAGACAAGAUUCUGAAACAAAUGACCUUCAAGACUAAAUGUAACACUCCUGCCAUGAAGCAAAUUAAGAGAAAGAUCCAGGAGUUCCACAGGACAAUGCUGAACUUCAGCUCUGCCACUGACUUGCUCUGCCAGCACAGUCUAUUUAAGUAAGCUAAAUGUGUCUUACGGCCCCGAAAUGAGAGGAGACUGGUCUAGAAGCCUCUGGUGCUGUUUCAACCUCUGUCCCCACAGCAGGGUGGAACUCCCAUUCUCACAGGUUUCCAGUCAGCUUUUCAAACAAGAAUUUUGUUUCCAAAUGGAAACUGAAAUAUUUGUUGAAAUGUUUAAAUUUGCUGAUAGCAAAUGUUCUGAAAGAAGUAAACUAGCGGGCUGCAGUGGUGUGCGCCUGUAGUCCCAACUACUCGGGAAGCUGAGGCAGGAGGAUCGCUUGAGUCCAGGAGUUCAUAUCUAGCCUGGUCAGCAUAGCAAGACCCCUGUCUCUAUUUUUUAAAAUAAAUAAACUACAUAUGAAAACAAAUGUAUAUUUAUAAACCCUCUUUCUUUCUUUCUUUUUUAUUUUAUUGAUACAGAGUCUUGCUCUGUCACCCAGGCUAGAGUGCAGUGGCGCAUCUCAGCUCACUGCAACCUGUGCCUCCCAGGUUCAAGCAAUUCUCCUAUUUCAGCCUCCCGAGUAGCUGGGAUUGCAGGCGUACACCACCAUGCCCAGCUAAUUGUUUGUAUUUUUUUAGUAGAGAUGGGGUUUCACCAUGUUGGCCAGGCUGGUCUCGAACUCCUCACCUUGUGAUCCACCCACCUCGGCAUCUGAAAGUGCUGGGUGAUUACAGGCGUGAGCCAUGGCACCCGACCUAUAAGCCCUCUUUCUAGUUGUCAGCAGAGUCCUUUCUGUAAAUUCCUUUCUAUUUUUUGAGCCUUAACACUUAUAUAGUCUGAGCAAAAAAAAAAAAAAUGCCCAGGCUUCAGCUGUCAUACUGAGCAGAGCCUGUUGCUUCAGGUAUCAAGGCUAGCUUUGGGAACCAGACUACAGAUGAGAUAACUGAAAGCAGAGAGGCUGAGGCAAAGCAGAAACCAAAAAAGAGUCUCAGGGGAGAAGACGGGAAGCUAGUAAGCAACUUAUAGGGGGCAGUGUAAGAAAUGUCACAUGUUACAUCAGUCACACAGAGAAGCAGAAUUUAUCAAUUUUCAAAGGGAAAAUGUCUCUGUCUACUGACAAGGUUUUAAUUUUUGCUCUGUCACCCAGGCUGGAGUGCAGUGGUGCGAUCUCGGCUCACGCCAUUCUCCUGCCUCAGCCUCCUGAGUAGCUGGGACUACAGGCGCCCGCCACCGCGCCCAGCUAAUUUUUUAGUAGAGACGGGGUUUCGCCGUGUUAGCCAGGAUGGUCUCGAUCUCCUGACCUCGUGAUCCACCCACCUCGGCCUUCCAAAGUGCUGGGAUCACAGGUGUGAGCCACUGCGCCCAUCCAAUUUUUGCUUAUUUUUCCUCAAAGGGAGGAAAAUGACAGGUUGCUUUAAGAGCUGAGUGAUUGAGAUUCCUUCUGAACAGGACUUUGGUAAUUUACUCCUAAUCUUUUCCCAUGGUUAACUUGUCUUUACUCCAUUUCUAGAACUCUGGUUUUUAUACUUGAGAAUCUGUAGUCACUCUGCAAAGAGAUGUGAUUGUGAUAAAGAACUGCCUUUAAA